AUGUAUGACUUUAAAAAAUAUGUCUUAGACAUUGCUUUAAAACAAGUAAAUGAACAUACCGAUAUUACUGUCAAAGUUGAACAACACAAGACUGGUAGAACCAUUACAGGAUUCUCAUUCAGCUUUAAACAAAAGAAAUCUGCUGCCAAGCCUACCAAAAAUACUGAGAUCAAUUUAGAGGAACUGGCUCUUAAAAUGACUGUUGCUCAACGCCAUCUAUUUGCAAAUAAACUCUGUCGAUUACCAGAGCUAGGGAAAUACUCUCAAGGAACAGAGGGCUUUGAUCAAUUUGCAAUAAGAAUUGCGGAAAUGUUGCAAGAUGUAGAUAAAUUUAAGGAACUCUACCCUUAUCUCAAAAAAGUUGGCUAUAUGUAA